ACCUCACUCCAUCACGCGCUAACUUCAAAAAAUCAAAUCCACCGCCACUUUGCUUUGUUUUCCUUUCUUCAGUCCUCUCCUGUCUCCUCCCUCUCAACACUCUCCCCAGCAACUAAAAAUGGCGGCCAGUCUCGGCGCCUACACACGCGCGACCCCACGCGCCUCCCUCUUCUCCAAUACCAGAACCUCCUUUGUUAUACAGUCCCCACCAUUCCUUAGCAUAACAAGAACCACCAAAAUCACUAGAAUUAGGGUUUCAAAUGAUGGCAGUAACUCCUACCUGGACAUGUGGAAAACGGCUGUUGAUCGCGAGAGGAAGACCGUCGAGUUCCAACAAAUCGCUGGAAAUUUAGCUCAAACCGAUAAUGACAGUGAUGAUGAUGAUGAUGAUGUUACUGUUGAUUUGGAGAAGAAGAGCGAGGACUUCAAUAAGAUCCUUGAAGUCUCCAAGGAGGAGAGGGACCGCAUUCAGCGUGUGCAAGUCAUUGAUCGUGCCGCGGCGGCCAUUGCGGCAGCUCGCGAUAUUGUCAGGGAAAAAAAGUCCGCUGAUAAGGAUUUCAAGAGUCACGAAAGCAUGGGUGGGGAAGUGGAAGAUCAACAAGGAGCAGGAACAGAGAGUAGGAGCAUCUUGGUGUCUCGAUCUGAGUCUUCUGCAGAUGGAGUUCCUGGUCCAGAUUUUUGGUCCUGGACUCCUCCUCUCAGCAGUGAUGGAAAUUCAGAUGAUUCCAGCGAUGUGCUGAAAGUUAGGAAAUCUUCAGAUACUCCUUUGACCAUCCCAGUUGCAAUGAAAGAGCGAUCUGCGGAUUUUCUCUCAAUUCCAUUUGAGAGCAAACUUUUAGAUACGAACCACAGUUCUCCUAUACCUCCACUGCAGUCAUUAGUUGAGGUUGAAGGAGUAGAGGUCUCUGAAUCCAUUCUAGAAAUGCCUUCUAAAAACGAGGAAGAACGUGAACUUGGAGUCCAAUUUUCAGCAUAUGCAGCAGAAGCAGCACAUGCUCUUGAGAAAGAUAAGGUUGAUGAGUUGUCAUCCUAUGGAGUGACUGCAGAUGGAUCAAGGUGUUGGAGGGAGACAGGAAUUGAGCAAAGGCCUGAUGGUGUAAUUUGCAGGUGGACGAUGACCAGGGGGGUCAGUGCUGACCAAGAGGUCGAGUGGCAAGAAAAGUUCUGGGAAGCUGCUGAUGAUUUUGGCUACAAGGAACUUGGUUCAGAGAAAUCAGGGCGUGAUGCAACUGGAAAUGUGUGGCGCGAGUUUUGGAGGGAAUCAAUGCGGCAGGAAUCUGGGCUUUUGCAUCUUGAAAAAACUGCAGACAAGUGGGGGAAGAAUGGACAAGGUGACGAGUGGCAAGAGAAAUGGUGGGAACAUUAUGGUGCAUCUGGUCAAGCGGAGAAAUGGGCUCAUAAGUGGUGCAGUAUUGAUCCAACCACAAACCUUGAGGCUGGUCAUGCUCAUGUUUGGCAUGAAAGGUGGGGCGAGAAGUAUGAUGGACAUGGAGGCAGCACAAAAUAUACUGAUAAAUGGGCUGAGCGCUGUGAGGGUGAUGGUUGGGCGAAGUGGGGUGACAAGUGGGAUGAAAAUUUUGAUCUAAAUGGUCAUGGUGUCAAGCAAGGGGAGGCAUGGUGGGAGGGAAAACAUGGAGAGCGGUGGAACCGCACUUGGGGUGAGCGUCACAAUGGUUCUGGAUGGGUUCACAAGUAUGGGAAGAGCAGCUGUGGGGAGCACUGGGACACACAUACCCAGCAAGAUACAUGGUAUGAAAGAUUCCCACACUAUGGUUUCUAUCACUGCUUUGAAAACUCAGUCCAGCUCCGGGAAGUUCAGAAGCCAUCGGAGAUAGAUGAACAAUGAGCUCCCAAUUUUCCUUUCGAUUUCUCAUCUAUUCCUUUGAUGUUGCUUAGGAAAGUCGUGUAUAAUUAUUGGUUGAUCCUUUGCAAAAGAAGAAGUUUCCCACUGAAGUCGCAAUAUCUUUUUUCUUGGAUAUGAUUCGGAAUGCUAUCUCAUGAACUGCAUUUUUUUUUUUAUAACUUUAUACCGUGAAAGACCGUGUACUUACUUGAUAUUACAUCAAUCAAAGAGGAAAGUGGUCGAGUGUGUGUUCACCGAAA